CCGCGCGCGGGCGGUGGGGUGAGGUGAAACGGCGUUUAGCGUGGUGCUCCGCCCACCUGUGGCUUUUUGCGAGCUGGGUGGUUUGCUCUGUUCAGGUCUUGUUUGCUCCUCUUAAAGUACUUGGGAAACUCCAAUCACCUGUGUGACAGACUUCAGUGAAAGAACAUAACAAUGAAAGGUUCUUUUUGAGCCUCUGUUGUUCCAAUUUGAGAAGAAAAAUGCGGGACAACCAGAGCACUUGUGUCCCUCCUGAGGUCACCACAGGGGUGAAGCCAGGGAGCACAAGACGACGACAGCGCAUCACACAUGGUGUUGGGGUACUCAGCAGUGAUGCACAGGGGCCUGAGAGAGAGAAUACCACAGCAGCCUUGAAAACUUCACAGCAACCACCUUUGCUUCUACACAGAGAAGAACAAGAGGCCUUCUUCAAUCUCCUGGAGGAUAGUUUGAUACAAGAAUUCCUUUCAAUGGAUACAUGCUACAGGAUCUCAGAUAAGUAUCUUAUAGCUAUGACUAUGAUGUACUUCAAACGUGCUGGCCUGCAUACGGAGGAAUACACACGGACUAAUCUCUUCAUAGCUCUGUACCUAGCAAAUGACAUGGAAGAAGACACAGAGGACUACAAAUAUGAGAUCUUCCCUUGGGCACUUGGUGACAACUGGAGGAAGCUUUUCCCACAGUUCCUGAAAAUGCGGGAUGGCUUUUGGGCCAAAAUGAAGUACAGAGCAUUUGUUAGCAGACGCUGCUGUGACGAGAUAAUGUUAAAGGAGCCCACACACUGGGUCUGGUCCCGUGAACGAGCCAUUCACCACAGUGGGGCGCUGAGGAGUUACCUGAAAAAUGAAGAAGACUUAUUCCCUAGAGGGCCUGGCGUUACGCCCCCAGUCUGCCUUCUCUGUGUGUUUGAUCUGGAAAAAGAAGAUGCUGGAAUAAUGACACCUCUUGCUAGCAGUAUUCCUGCCAGUGACUUGCUGCCCUCCACAGCACCGAAGCAGAAUUUGAGUGGCUUCCCUUUGCUGAUGACUGACUACAGCAUGCAGAGCCUACAGGAACCUGUGAUGGAGGCAGAAGGAAACCCAAAGACUGCCAAUAUCUGAUAGCGUCCGAAGGCUGAAGACAACCCUCUCUGCAAUAUUUUUCUCUUUGGAGUGGCAUUAUUUGGAUGUUCUUAUUCUACAUCUGCGGUGAUCUAUUUAUUAAGCACUUUAUCUUCACGUUCAUAAAUACACAGCAAUGCCUGCUUGUGUAUUAAAAAAAGCUAUUCAGUA